AAACACUAUCUGUCCGCAUCAACAGUGAAGUUUAAGACCAGAUCCAGACACCAUCCGUACGUGCUCAUCAACAGGGAAGUUUAAGACCAGAUCCAGAAACACAACAUUCCCAGACCAUUAAGAAAACCAAGCAUUGAAUGGCCGAAGCAAUUGUCUUAUCUGUUAUAAAAAGUAUUUCUUCCAUCAUUGCAGACACUGCUUUGACAAAGCUUACCUCCCUGAUAAAAGUUCAUAGUAGGCUCGAGCAUAUAAAGAGUAUAUUUGAAGUAAUGUCCGGCUCUUUAAAAGAUAUAGAUGAAAUGAAUGACUAUAAUCAUGCAGUUGCUGCUUGGAGGAAACAAGUAAUAGAUGUAGCAUAUGAGGUGGAAGAUAUAGUUGAUGAGUACUCUUAUUUAACUAGAGAAAGACAUCAAAAAGAUUUCAAAGGCGUUUUCUACAAAGUCAUUCAUGUUUCCAGAGAUGCUAGAACAUGGUACCAAACUGCCUUACAUCUUAAAAAUUUAGAAACAAAGCUUGAAAACCUCACGAAUAUGAGGAACCAAUUUGGUAUCAACACAUGCCAAGGAAUGACCAUAGGAAACAACUCAAACGAUGAUACUAGACAAAUUAGUCGUUUUGCAGAAUCCUCCCAUUUUAAGCUGGAAAAUGAAAUCAUCGGAAUUGAGGAAAAUAGAAAUUUAAUAGAGAAUUGGUUAGCUGAUAAUGAAACCAGCCAAUAUGUUAUAGCCGCUUGGGGCAUGGCCGGUGUUGGUAAGACCACACUUGCUACGAAUGUGUAUAACAGGCAGAAGAAAGAAUGUCGCUUUAGCAACUUUUCAUGGAUCUCGGUUACCCAGACAUAUAAUAUCAAUGAUUUACUUAGAAAUAUCAUCCUAGAACUAUAUGAAGGUAAGAUGGAAGCAACUCCACAAUCAUUCAACACCAUGGACUACCGACAUCUGGUACAAAUUCUUCAAGGCUUUUUGCACCAAAAAAAGUAUCUCAUCAUACUAGAUGAUAUUUGGAGUACUGAAGUCUGGACAUAUCUCAAGAAUGCCUUUCUAGAUUGUAAGCUUGGGAGUAGAGUAAUUAUAACAACAAGGGUCUAUGAUGUUGCGAUAAAUGCAGCGAGCAAAUCUCAUAUAAUUGAACUUAAGCCGUUGCAAAAAGACAAAGCUCAGAUGUUAUUUUGUCAUACUGUGUUUGGGGAAGGUACCAUAAAAUAUCCGCACGAUUUAGAAGAGCUGGCACAAAAAUUUCUGCGCAAGUGUGAAGGCUUACCGUUGGCUAUAGUGUGCAUUGGAAGAUUAUUAUCAAUUAAAGACAAGGACAUAAUAUUGUGGCAAAGGAUAUAUGAUGGUCUAAACAUUGGAUCGACUGAUCUUCGUAAUGUGUACAGUAUUUUCAGGUUAAGCUUCAAUGAUCUUCCAUCUUAUCUCAAGAGUUGUCUCCUAUAUUGUAGUAUGUUUCCAGAAGGUCACAUGAUCCGAAGAAACAAGCUCAUAAGGUUAUGGGUAGCAGAAGGUUUUGUUCAGAAACAAGGAAGUAAGUCAAUGGAGGAGAUGGCUGAGGAAUAUCUUAAUGAACUUACUCAUAGAUGCAUGCUUAAGACUGCUCAUAUAACUUCCAUGGGAAUAAUAUCACGAUACGUCAUUCAUGAUCUUAUAAGAGACUUCCUUUUGAAAAAAUCCAGGGAAGAUAAUUUUUGUGAGGUGUAUCGUGGCAGUGAGUUGUGUGGGGAUAUUCGACGUCUUUCUAUAUCAAGCAGUGCAAAUGAUCUACGACUAGAAACUUCUCACCAUCUCAGAUCAAUUAUUGUGUUUGAUCCCAAAGCUUUAUUCAGUAACCUCACGCUGCAAAAUUAUUUCUCCAGCUUCAGGCUUUUGAAGGUGUUAGAUAUGAGUUUUUCUCCAAUAGAAAAAUUACCAAACGAAAUCUACCAACUGUUUAACCUUCAUUAUCUCGCCUUACGUGGCACUAAGAUUAAAAAAAUUUCCAAAUCCUUGGGAAGGUUACAAAACCUACAGACUCUGGAUGUUUGGAAUACAUAUGUGGAGAAUCUGCCUUCAACAAUAGCAAAACUGAAACGUUUAAGGAACAUUUGUGCUGGGAAAAAAAAAAUUUUAUCGGGUAAUCAUUUCGUUAGAUAUGCAGUGACGGCUUCUAGAAAGAUCUGUGAUCUUGCAUAUUUACAAACCAUCAAAUAUUUAGCCGCAAAUGAUGAAAUUGUUAAGCAAAUUGGGAAUUUGGCUGAGUUGAGAUCGUUAGACAUUGGACGUGUAACAGAAUCGCAAAGUGAGGAAUUAUUUGUUGUUCUUUCUAAAAUGGAGAGACUUAAAAAAUUGUCAGUCCAUCAACAUUCUGAGUCGGUACUCAGUUUCAAUUUUGAAGCCUUCCCUUCCCUACCACCCUAUCUUCAGAAGCUCAACUUGCAUGCUAUAUUUGCAAAGGGUAAACUACCUCAGUGGUUUUUGGGACUUGUCCAUCUCCAGUCUGUUAUCUUAUAUUUUUCUGGUCUUUCAGAAGAUUCGCUUCCAUUUCUUGGCCUAUUACCAAAUCUUUUGUUACUGGAACUCGGUGAUGAUGCGUAUGUGGGGCAAAGGUUAUGCUUGCAAGAAUGUUGGUUUCCAAAACUUCGCAACUUGCGACUAAUUAAACUAGUUGAACUAAACUGCCUCGAAAUAAGAAGAGAUGCCAUGCCAGCGUUGUUUAGGGUAUACUUAAAAGCAUGCGAAGAAUUACAGAUUGUGCAAGGCAUGGAGAACCUCCCUUCACUGAGUGAGUUGGUACUAGACAAAAUGCCCAAUGUGUUUAGAAACAGCUUGCAUAAUUUACCAGAUAAUAUUAAAAUCAAAGUUGUCAAGAACUGGACCGAAAGAGAUGGUAUCUGGAGCUAUCAAGUUAGUAAUAAUUAAAUCAGGUCAAAAUGUUAUUAAUAAGACCAAGGAUGAUUAUUUAGAUAUAGUCCUAAGCAAAAGUCUACUGAUCUGUAAUGCUUAUCGGCGCAUCAAUGUAUUUCUAUAACCAAAUAAUGUGUGUAAUGUAAUGUAGCCUUUUAUUCUUAGUACAUUAUAGAAUGCUUUAUUUAUUUUGAUGGCUGAUAAGAUUUGCCUUUUUUA